CAUAGCUGCAUCUGCUUGUUGAGUUUCUUUCGCCGUGUCCUCCCUGGUUAAUCUCCACCGGGUUCAGCCAUGGCACUCGUUUGCAAGUCAGGCGUGUUCGGCAAGGCUGCUGUGGCCCGGCCCGUCCGUGUGGCAGCGCCCACCCGCGUUCGCCUCGCCGUAUGCAAUUCGUUCAAGAACAAGGAGAACAUAGACCUGAGCAAGGUGGAGGGCUUUAAGCGCCAUGAUGCGGACGCUGGCUCUACAGAGGUCCAGGUAGCUCGCCUAACUGCACGCAUCGUCCAAAUUAGCAAGCACUUGGCGCAGAACCGCAAGGACUUUGCUGCUCGCCGCGGCCUGGAGGCGAUUCUCAGCCAGCGCAAGUCCCUCCUGCAGUACCUUUACAAGGAGGACAGGUCCGUGUACGACAAGCUGGUGAAGGACUUCGGCAUCCGCUCAGUGGUUGUCGGCGACACUCGCGGUGCCGCGCGUCAAAAGGAGGAGGCUGCUGUGUAAGCAACGUUCCGGAUCUAAAGCCUGGAGGGCCUUCACAGUGUUGUUGGGACAACAGCAAUCUGAGCCACUGGGCAGACAUAUAGCACAGGUUUACGGACGACGCGUGCUCUACUUGACGUGUUAUUACCUGAAGCUUUGGGACGAGUGGCUGGCGUCUGUGAGCCGGUUCGUUUGGAACCCUGGCGAGUUUUGGCUGACAAGAUAGUGACACGGGGAGAGAGGCGCACCCAAGAGCUUGUUGUCGUAGUCAUGACCUGUAGCUUUCCCCCUUAGCGAGCUCCUCGUAUCAUGCAUGCUCGUCGCACCGUAUGCGGAGGUAAUGAUGAUAUUUGUUCUCGCAUGUAGGGGUCCUCGACGUACUGGUGUCCGGCUACACCCGGCGAGGCAUGGAUUGGAUUAUGUCGGUGAACUUGAUGUGUCUGCUGCAGUGCUGCUGAUCUCAAACCCCAUUUUUGCAUGGACCAGGGGUUGGGACGGCACGCGCCGUGGUGUUUGGGUUUCUUAACGUGUUUUGCAAGUCAGGGGGAAUGCGAAGGUUACAUGCGGAGAAUACGCGUCCGCCUUUGCCGGCUGUGGAAUUUCAGGACGCAGGUUAUGAUGGUGCGGACGUGUCUUGUAAGGUUAUUUUACGUCCCUGUCGCU